ACAUGGAAUGGCCGUUCGUCUUAUACCUGGUUAGCUCCUGCGGACAAUUGGAAGAAUGGAGCAAGCCGGUAUCUGGGAUCCAGAUCCUAAAGGCUUUAUGGCAUUUUAGCUGUAGUCCAGCAGGUCCAGGACCUACGUAGUUACGACAUGUACAUACCAACUCCCGGACCGCCGCGUUCCAGUCGUCCCAGUCCCCCUUUCCUCCGCAUUCCACUCACCUUGUCUGUUUCUGCCUCGGAGAUAUGGGUACGUAGUAAAUAGAAACCUCCUACCAACAUCACAAAGAAUGCCUCUCCCCUGUUUCCCCUGUUUCCCCACGAAACCAAACAAAACCAACCAGCUCAAAACGUCUACAUAAACAACGACCUUCCCCCAAGCCCCGAUGUAGUUCGAACAACACAACCCAACCAAACCGUUCUCCACAAAAUCACACAAGAACCCCUCUUCAGCCCAACCUCUUCCCGGUGUGUUCCCCACCCAAAAAUGAAACCAACAACAACCCUCCUCCUCACCGGCCUCCUAGCCCUCGCCACCAGCACCCUCGCCGACAAAACCUGCACCCCGAGUUUCGAUUACUGCGCUAAUAAGCUGUUGAGUUCGAAGGGAUUCACGGAGAAUGACCUCAAGACGGCACUGCAGGGGACCGGGCUGGAGAAUGACGAUCUAGCGGAUAUCUUGUUCCAUUGCAAGAAUCCGGGGGAUGUGGGGCAUGCGCAGCUGUGUGCGGGGGGUUGUAAGGACCCGGCGACGGAGGGGAGUCAUGGGUGUUCUGGUUAG